CCUUGUGGUAAUGAGGAAGAUGGGGGACGAGCCUCACCAGAUCAGGAAGACUUGGAUAGGAAGAAAAAGAGGACAACGCAAACUUGAGGUGACUCUUCGGGAUUCGCCAAAGCGCAGACUUCUCAUUGACUCCUGACUGUGGGAUACUACCCCGUCCUCACCUCCGCCCUUUCUCUCCAUGGCCUUGAUGACUAGAGACGAUUCCUCAAUGGCCGCUCAUCUGCUCGUGUCCGGCUUCCUAUGGCCGCUAUUACAAACCACGCUAGCUCUUGGCGACCAUCGUUUCCAUCAGGCACCCCAAUAUCCAGCUCAUGGCGACGCCACAGUGAGAGGUUGCGGUGAAUACAGCAACCAGGUUCUGGCCAAUGGGAAAUGUAAGAUUAUAGCGACUCUGCCUCAGCAAGAUGGCCACCGCUGCCCUGAUAUCUUCCGCUGUACCCACGAGGUGUCCUACUGGCGUCACGAGAACGAGAAGAGGAAGCAGGACAUCCUGGAGAUGAAGGAGCUCAUUGCCGAACUUCAGGAGGAGCUCAGGAACCACCGGCACCGCCUGCGGAUUCUUGAACAUCAGCCUGAAGUGGGCAGCUACAACUCCUCCCUGGGGCACAGGGUGCAGAGCCUGGAGAUCUGGGCGGGUGAGAGCAGCACCCUCCAGCGCCUGCAGGCCACCUUCAUCUAUGACAUCCAAGCUCAGGUCCGGAACCUGUCCCUGAUGCUGGAUGGAGCCACCUGGAACUCAACCUGUCCUGGUCCCAAAGAGCUGGGGGCUCAGAGACCACCACCUGCAGCCAUGAAGCUCCCCAAGCCGUGUCACUCCGACUGCUCCAGCCUGUACCACAACGGGAUCCGCAGCUCCGGCGUCUAUACCAUACUGCCAUCUAGUGGUGGGAGCCCAGUAGAGGUGUUCUGUGACAUGGACACACAAGGAGGUGGGUGGACGAUGAUUCAAAGACGUCGAGAUGGAUCGACCGGUUUCAACCGUACCUGGAAAGAGUACAAGGAAGGAUUUGGUGACCUGAACGGCGAAUUCUGGCUGGGAAAUGAGAAUAUUCACAAGAUCACCAGCAGGGGGGGAUGCUCACUGAGGAUUGACAUGGAGGACUGGGACGGAGAACACAAGUACGCCCUCUACAGGGAGUUCAGCUUAGAGGAUGAAACCAAUUAUUACCGGCUCCACGUGUCCGGGCCCAGCGGGACGGCCGAGGACUCAUUCGCGUGGUAUCACAAUAAAAGGAGUUUCAGCACGCCGGGGUCCGGGCACCUCUGUGCGGACAUCUCUCAUGCGGGUUGGUGGUAUCAUCAAUGCUUCUACUCCAACCUCAACGGUGUUUACUAUGUGGGAGGCAAAUAUGUGAAAAGUCGUGAGGCGAUGGGACCGGAUGGCAUUGUGUGGUACAGCUGGAGGAACACCGACUAUUACUCCCUGAAGAAGGUCUCCAUGAUGAUCCGGCCUAGAACCUUCCAGCUCCAUAGCUCCCCAUAAUCAUCGGCAUGUCCCUUCGCAGUUGUAGGAUUUUUUUAUGCUUUGGAUUUAUUUUUGGAAUUUGAAUAUUUUUUGGGGUGUUAAUUUUAAGGGGUGGGCUGGCUGGGACUUUAUAAAUGCUGGUUACUAGCCUUAGAUGUUCUAGAUCCAGGUCUAUUGGCGAGAACACCACUGGUAUUAUAGGGGGUAACAUUCAGUGCCCCCUACCAUAUCUUGUGUGGCCGGGAGUGACCCCCAUGAACCCAAAUCUCCUGAUAUUUCUUUUGAAAUUUCUGCACAAUAAAUUUG